AUGCUGGGAAUGGGAAACGUCUCCGCUAAACUGAGGAUGAAGCUUACAGACUCUCAGCGCUUCUCCCUCACUAUUGUUGCUCUGGCAAGCGUGUCCCUCACUGUCUCGCUCAGCUCUACUUCUAUGAGCAAUGCUGUCCCGAUGAUUACAAGUCAAUUUCACGGGACUGAUGUUCAAGCUUUCUGGUCUGGAACGGCAAAUCUUCUUUGCUCUGCUGUCUUCCAGCCUGCAUUUGCAGUCUUCUCAUAUAUCUUUGGACGAAAGCCUCUGUUUAUACUUGCUUCCCUGCUAUUCUUAGCGGGAUCGGCUCUUGCGACAGGCUCUCAAAGCUUUGAUGUGCUCCUUGCUGCCAGAUCUAUACAAGGCUUUGGAGGUGGUGGGUUGCUCACGCUUUCCGAGAUCCUGAUCGCGGACUUAACGCCGCUAAGGGAGCGCGGAAAAUGGAUUGGCAUUCUCAGUAUGAUGUGGGCUAUUGGGUGCGUUAGCGGGCCCAUAGUGGGUGGUGCGCUGGCCCACAGGGAUGUUUGGAGAUGGAUAUUUGCAUUGAACCUGCCCCUUGCUAGUAUCUCACUGAUAUUGAUCUCUAUUUCUUUAAAAUCUCGCUACUACUCCAUGACCUUUUAUGAAGAGAGCACGAGGCAGAAGCUCGCCCGUGUUGACUGGGUUGGAUUCGGCCUCUUCAUCCCAUCGAUGUCUAGUUUUCUCAUCCCGCUCACUUGGGGUGGAGAGCUAUUUGCUUGGGAUAGUUGGCAUACCUUGGUACCACUUCUGGUUGGUGUCGGGGGACUAGGAGCAUUUAUGAUAUACGAAAUUUUCCUCGCAAGAGAGCCAUUCUUGUUGAAAAGCAUUUUCCGGGACUGGAACGCAAAGCUGGUCUAUGUGCAGACAUUUUUGCAUGGAUUGAUAGUGAGUCUGCCCUACCUCAACAAGCUACUCUUUUUAUUCUCAGUUCUGACUAAAGAUAAUAUACAAAAGGUCUGGUGUCUUUUAUACUACCUCCCACUCUAUUACCAAGCUGUCAAGUCAUAUACAGCUCUUAUGUCAGGUGUCGCUCUACUCCCUGAGACAUUCAGCAUCACUCUUGCUGCCGGUCUAGUUGGAUUUUUGAUUGCUAGCACCGGCCGCUACCGAGAAGCUCUGACAGCAGGGUGGAUCAUUGCAACAACAAGCCUCGGAACAUUAUAUCUACUCGAUGUCCACACAGCAACCCAUGAAUGGGUCCUUAUUAACCUGUUUGUGGGCCUAGGAACAGGAUCUUUGUUUACAAGUCUCAAUUUAGCAGUCCAGUCACACAUUGCGGCACACGAAGUCUCCCAUGCCCUUGGAUUCUUCGCGUUCUUUCGCGCCUUGGGCCAGGCAAUUGGUGUUGCUGUGGGAGGCGCAACUUUCGACAAUAUGUUCCGAUCAAAGGUAAAACAAAAUGCCGAACUUGCCUCCUACACAAACCAGCUGAGUAAAGGAGCAGCGGCAUUGAUCGAGCUUUUGAAAACUAUUCCUGAUUCAGAUCCUCGAAAGCCGGCCUUGAUCAAAACUUAUGCAGAUUCGCUGAGAGUGCUCUGGCCGGUGAUGUGUGGUUGCUCUGGGGUGGCACUAUUAGUGAGUUUAUUUAUCAAGGUCUAUAGUCUGGGACCAGGUAAGUGA